CUUACCUGCGGGGCAGGCAUAAGAAGAACAUUUUUCUGCUGGGAAUGAGAUGUUCUUGAGUUCUUACACCUUUAUGAAGAGACCCACAUGUGGUGCUAUUGAGAAGGUUGUUGGGAAGUUUGAAGACUUUUCAGAUAACAGGUUGUUUUGGUUUCUAAAAUAAAAGUGGGGAGGCAUCUGUUUUGUGAAAGGAGAAAGGACUGAGGCCAGAAAACUUGUAUGCUAUGGUUAACUGGUUCCCAGCCGCCGGGAAUGGUGUUUUCUGUGGUGUGAAACUUACGCAGCAUCAGGAUAAAGGAUAGCGACUCUAUGGAUAUACAGAAUCCUUCACCAUGGUAAAACUCGCCAACCCGCUGUACACGGAGUGGAUUUUGGAGGCCAUCAAAAAAGUGAAGAAGCAAAAACAGCGGCCUUCAGAAGAAAGGAUAUGCAAUGCAGUGUCUUCAUCCCAUGGCUUGGAUCGUAAAACUGUUUUAGAGCAACUAGAGUUGAGUGUCAAGGAUGGAACAAUUUUGAAGGUCUCAAAUAAAGGACUCAAUUCCUAUAAAGAUCCUGAUAAUCCUGGGCGAAUAGCACUUCCUAAACCCCGAAACCAUGGAAAAUUGGAUAAUAAACAAAAUGUAGACUGGAAUAAACUGAUCAAGCGGGCAGUUGAGGGCUUGGCGGAGUCCGGCGGCUCAACUCUGAAAAGCAUUGAACGUUUUUUGAAAGGUCAGAAGGAUGUGUCUGCAUUAUUUGGAGGCGGUGCUGCCUCUGGCCUUCACCAGCAGUUACGAUUGGCUAUUAAACGCGCCGUUGGCCACGGCAGACUCCUUAAAGAUGGACCUCUUUAUCGGCUCAACACUAAAGCAGCCAGUGUGGAUGGGAAAGAGAGUUGUGAGUCUCUUUCCUCCUUACCUCCCGUGUCGCUGCUUCCACAUGAGAAGGAUAAGCCGGUUGCUGAACCAAUCCCCAUCUGUAGUUUCUGUCUUGGCACAAAAGAGCAAAACCGAGAAAAGAAGCCAGAGGAACUCAUCUCCUGUGCGGACUGCGGCAACAGUGGUCAUCCAUCCUGUUUAAAGUUUUCCCCCGAACUAACGGUUAGAGUGAAGGCCUUACGGUGGCAGUGCAUUGAGUGUAAAACGUGCAGCUCCUGUCGAGAUCAAGGCAAAAAUGCAGAUAACAUGCUCUUUUGUGAUUCCUGUGACCGGGGUUUUCACAUGGAGUGUUGUGACCCGCCACUCACUCGGAUGCCGAAAGGCAUGUGGAUAUGUCAGAUAUGUCGACCUAGGAAAAAAGGAAGAAAACUUCUACAGAAGAAGGCAGCACAGAUAAAACGGCGCUAUGCUAAUCCAAUAGGACGUCCAAAAAACAGGUUAAAGAAACAAAACACGGUGUCAAAAGGUCCCUUCAGCAAAGUUCGAACAGGCCCUGGAAGGGGUCGGAAACGUAAAAUCACCCUCUCCAGCCAGUCAGCGUCGUCAUCAGAAGAAGGAUACCUAGAGCAAAUAGAUGGCUUGGACUUCUGCAGAGAUGGCAGUGUCCCCUUGAAGUUCAAUAAGAAAACCAAAGGGCUCAUCGAUGGCCUUACCAAAUUCUUUACCCCUUCUCCCGAUGGGCGGAAGCCUCGGGGGGAAGUGGUAGACUACUCUGAGCAAUACAGAGUUAGGAAAAAGGGCAACAGAAAACCAAGCACUUCAGAUUGGCCCACAGACAAUCAGGAUGGCUGGGAUGGCAAACAAGAAAGCGAGGACCGGCUUUUCGGGAGCCAGGAAAUCAUGACUGAGAAGGAUAUGGAAUUAUUUCGUGACAUCCAAGAACAAGCACUGCAGAAAGUUGGAGUGACUGGACCUCCUGAUCCACAAGUCCGCUGUCCCUCUGUUAUCGAGUUUGGGAAGUAUGAAAUUCAUACUUGGUACUCCUCUCCAUAUCCUCAAGAAUACUCAAGGCUGCCUAAGUUAUAUCUCUGUGAAUUCUGUCUAAAAUAUAUGAAAAGUAGAACUAUUCUGCAGCAGCACAUGAAGAAGUGUGGAUGGUUCCAUCCUCCUGCUAAUGAGAUUUAUAGAAAGAAUAACAUUUCUGUUUUUGAGGUUGAUGGGAAUGUGAGUACCAUUUAUUGUCAGAACCUGUGUCUCUUGGCAAAGUUGUUUCUUGACCACAAAACACUCUAUUAUGACGUGGAGCCAUUUCUUUUUUAUGUUCUAACCCAGAAUGAUGUCAAGGGCUGCCACCUUGUUGGCUACUUUUCUAAAGAAAAGCACUGUCAGCAGAAAUACAACGUUUCCUGUAUAAUGAUUCUUCCCCAGUACCAACGCAAGGGCUAUGGGAGGUUUCUCAUCGAUUUCAGUUAUUUGUUAUCAAAGCGUGAAGGCCAAGCAGGGUCUCCAGAGAAACCGUUAUCCGAUCUAGGUCGCCUUUCCUACAUGGCUUACUGGAAGAGUGUAAUACUGGAGUGCCUUUAUCACCAAAAUGACAAGCAAAUCAGCAUUAAGAAGUUGAGUAAGUUGACUGGAAUCUGCCCUCAAGACAUUACUUCCACACUCCACCACCUGCGAAUGCUGGACUUCCGGAGUGACCAAUUUGUGAUUAUCCGCCGGGAAAAGCUUAUCCAGGAUCACAUGGCAAAGCUUCAGCUGAAUCUGCGGCCUGUAGAUGUAGACCCGGAGUGUCUGCGCUGGACUCCCGUCAUAGUCUCCAAUUCUGUUGUCUCGGAGGAGGAGGAGGAGGAGGAGGAGGAGGCGGAGGAGGUGGAGGAGGAGGAGGAGGAGGCGGCAGCGGCGGCUGCGGUGGGGAAGUCUGCAUCUCGCGAGAACAAAGAACAGGAUUCUUACACUUCAGUAGAAAGUGAAAAGAAACCAGAAGUUGCGACACCAGCCAGUACCACUCGUUUGAGCAAACAGGUCCUUCCCCGUGACAGUCUUCCUGCCAACAGUCAGCCGCCUCGGCGAGGCCGCUGGGGGAGGAAGAACAGAAAAGCCCAGGAACGCUUUGGUGAUAAGGACCCGAAACUGCUCUUGGAGGAGACGUCAGCCCCCCAGGAGCAGUACGGAGACUGCGAGGAAAAGUCAGAACCUUCCCAAGAGCAGUACUUGGAGAGCGAGGAGCCGUCGGCAGCCUCCCAGGAGCAGCUGAGCCAAGACGGGAAGCCGGACGGGCCCAAGAGGAGACCCAACGAGGGGCUUGAGCUCUGGCGAGGCCCGCCGAAGAAGAGCCCUGAGCCCCUGAAGUGCGGGCUGCCUGACGCCCACGACCGGCUGCCCCGUCGCUACAGCGAGGGUCGCUACUGCGAAGGCCGCUACGCUGACGGGGACCGCCCCGCGCUGCGGGGUUGCAGCGAGAGCAGCGAGGAGGACGGGGAGCCCGAGAGCCCCCGGUCCAGCUCGCCCCCGGUGCUCACCAAGCCCACGCUGAAGCGGAAGAAACCAAUUCUUCACCGAAGGAGGAGAGUCCGAAAGCGCAAACACCACAAUAGCAGUGUGGUCACAGAGACCAUUUCUGAGACCACGGAGGUCUUAGAUGAGCCUUUUGAAGACUCUGACUCCGAGAGGCCGAUGCCGCGAUUAGAGCCAACAUUCGAGAUUGAUGAGGAGGAGGAAGAGGAGGAGGAGAGCGAACUCUUCUCUCGAGGGUACUUCCAUCGCUUGGCCUCCCAGGACGUUCUCAGGUGUCAGUCCGAUUCGAAGAGGAAGUCUAAAGAUGAAGACGAUGAUGAAGAGUCAGAUGAUGCUGAUGACACUCCAGUCCUAAAGCCAGUGUCUCUCUUGAGAAAAUGUGAUAUGAAGGACGCUCCACUUGAGCCAGAUACAUCCACGCCUAUGAAGAAGAAGAAGGGAUGGCCCAAGGGCAAGAGCCGCAAACCGGUUCACUGGAAGAAGAGACCUGGGCGCAAGCCAGGCUUUAAGCUGAGUCGGGAGAUGGUGCCGGUGUCUGCUCAAGAGUCAAUCGUUGAGCCCAUCGUCCCCCUUCCUAAAGCGGGACGUAAAUCCAAAAUGGAAGAGAGCGAAGAAACUGUUGAACCAAAAGAAGACUUGCAGUUAACAGAGGAAAGGAAGGAAGACGAGGAGCUGCCCCUGGAAGCGGAGGAGGCCGAGGAAGGGGAGGAGGAGGACACCACCAGCAGUGAUGUUAGGGCGGCCUCUCCCCCCGACGCCAGCAGCCCUGAGGCCGAAGCCAAGGAGCCCGAGGCCAGCGAGGAGGAGGAGAAGCCCCGCGUCCCGGCAGAGCAGCGGCCGACGGAGGAGGCGCCACAGGAGCUGGCCAGGCGGGAGCCUGAGGAGGAGGAGGACACGGCCGCGGAGACCAACCAGAGCGAAGACCACGAUGCGGAUGACGAGGACGACGGCCACCUGGAGCCCGCCAAGAAGGAGGAGGAGCUGGGGCAGCCGCCGGCGCGGGAGGGCGUCAAGGAGGAGCCUGGCGGCCGGGAGGCUUUUUUAGAUCCUAACGUGCAGGGCAGCGGGGAGAACCCAAAAGACAAGGAGGAACCGGAGCCGGAUUCCGAGGAGGAGCAGACGUCCCACGACGCGUCUGUGGUGUCAGAGCACAUGCCGGGCUCUGAGGACGACCACGAGGAGGACUCGCGCUCGAAGGAAGAGCUGCUGGAGCUGAAGGAGGAGGAGGAGAUCCCGCAUAGCGAGCUGGACCUGGAGACGGUGCAGGCCGUGCAGUCCCUGACACAGGAGGAGCGCGGCGAGCACGAGGGCGCCUACCAGGACUGCGAGGAGACGCUGGCCGCCUGCCAGACGCUGCAGAGCUACACGCAGGCCGACGAGGACCCGCCGCUGGCCCUGGUGGAGGACUGCCAUGCCUCGGAGCACAACAGCCCGCUGUCCUCCGUCCAGUCCCACCCCAGCCAGUCUGUGCGCUCGGUCAGCAGCCCCAGCGUGCCCGCCCUCGAAGGGGGCUACACCCAGAUCAGCCCGGAGCAAGGAUCCCUGUCCGCCCCGUCUAUGCAGAACAUGGAGACCAGCCCCAUGAUGGACGUGCCUUCCGUAUCUGACCACUCCCAGCAGGUGGUGGACAGCGGCUUCAGUGACCUGGGCAGCAUCGAGAGCACCACGGAGAACUACGAGAACCCCAGCAGCUAUGACUCCACCAUGGGCGGCAGCAUCUGUGGGAACAACUCUUCCCAGAGCAGCUGCUCCUACGGCCUGUCGUCCUCCAGCAGCCUCACCCAGAACAGCUGCGUGGUCACCCAGCAGAUGGCCGGCAUGGGCGGCGGCUGCAGCUUGAUGCCGCAAAGCAGCGUCCCGCCCGCCGCCAACUGCGGCAUCAAGUCCCCGCAGAGCUGCGCCGUCGAGAGGCCUCCCAGCACGCAGCAGCCACCACCGGCCCAGCCGUCGCAACAGCCUCCACCGCCACAGCCUCAGCUCCUACGGCCUGUCGUCCUCCAGCAGCCUCACCCAGCGGGGAACAUCAGCAUCUACGAGCGGAUCCCCGGGGACUUUGGGGCCGGCAGCUACUCCCAGCCGUCGGCCACCUUCAGUCUGGCCAAGUUGCAGCAGCUGACCAACACCAUUAUGGACCCCCAUGCCAUAUCUUAUAGCCAUUCUCCUGCUGUGACUUCCUAUGCAACCAAUGUUUCUCUGUCCAACACGGGGCUGGCUCAGCUGGCCCCAUCGCAUCCCUUAGCGGGGACCGCUCAAGCACAAGCCACCAUGACGCCGCCCCCGAACCUGGCCUCCACCACCAUGAACCUCACGUCCCCGCUGCUGCAGUGCAACAUGUCUGCCACCAACAUUGGCAUUCCCCACACGCAGAGGCUGCAAGGGCAGAUGCCCGUCAAGGGGCACAUCUCCAUCCGCUCCAAGUCGGCGCCCCUGCCCUCCGCGGCGGCUCACCAGCAGCAGCUGUACGGCCGCAGCCCGCCCGCGGUCGCCAUGCAGGCCGGCCCGCGCGCCUUGGCUGUGCAGCGAGGCAUGAACGUGGGGGUGAACUUGAUGCCCACCCCUGCCUAUAAUGUCAAUUCCAUGAAUAUGAACACCCUGAACGCCAUGAACAGCUACCGAAUGACCCAGCCCAUGAUGAACAGCAGCUACCACAGUAACCCAGCCUACAUGAACCAGACAGCACAGUAUCCUAUGCAGAUGCAGAUGGGGGUGAUGGGGGGCCAGGCCUACCCCCAGCAGCCUAUGCAGCCGAGCCCGCAUGGAAACGUGAUGUACACGGGCCCCUCCCAUCACAGCUACAUGAAUGCGGCGGGCGUGCCCAAGCAGUCGCUCAACGGACCUUACAUGAGAAGAUGAGCAAGACGGACUUGCAGUUCAGAACCUAAAUAUAUAUAAAUAAAGGAACCUUUUAUACUGACAAACCAGAGAAAAAUGGACCUUUUUUCCAGUUAAAAUAUUGCUGUAGAUUUAGAGGAAUUUUUCUUUGGUUUAUUUUAUUUUUUAGAAAACCUGGUCUUUUUUGGGGGGUUCAUUUUGUUCUGGGUUUUGGUUUUCUUCACAAUCUUGAACAUUUUACAAUAGAACUCAUCUAAAAACGGAUUUGGGGAUAGGGGAAACAUGCACAGAAAUCUUUUCAUAAUUAAAAAGAGCCUUACUUUCUUUACACGCCACAUGGACAGAAUUUGUGUAAAAGUGAAUUAUCUUUAUUUUAUUUUAAAUUGUAUGUUUCCCCUCAAGUGUUUGCAGCUCCCAGUGUCGUCAUUUUUAAAUGUUACAUAUACAUCUCGAGGGUUAGCCAGACCCUUUUCCUCCACACCCAGCCUUUCAUUCCCUACUUCAUUCCAGCAGGAGGCACUUAUGGGAGACUCGGAUGGGGACAUGGAGAACAACCCAAGCUCCUUAAACUUAUUAUUAUUGUUAAUAUUAUUAUUAUUAUUAUUAAUAAAGCGAGGCAGGAAAAUGCUUCUCCUCCUAAAAUCCCCUCCACUCCUACACAUACACACACGUGCACACACACACCUCUCGAAACCUUUCCCCAAGAAUGUUUCUUUAUAGAUGGACUUCAUCGAAAUGUUUGUUUUUCUUAGAUCAAGUGUAAUAUAAUUUUUUAAAAACUACUCCCACUCAGCACUCAGAGACACAAAAUACUGUAAGUCUCAAUUAACAGCAGAAUCUCAGAGGAAAGCUGUUUGCAAUCCUGAUCCAGCCUUGGAGGAAUAGAUGGUCAGUUAACAAUCAAAAGAGGAACGUAACCUCUUGUUUUUUUUUAACCACCUGGUAAUCAGCCAUACGCACAUAAUUCCACGCAGCCUCUUGAUUUUAGUACAUACCUUGAGACUCUUAAGGGUCUCGAUUCUCGAGCCUUCCUGACUCUGAUGAAAGUGAGCAGCAGACCCCGGUGAUUAGGCGAUGAGCCUCUGACAUCCUCAUCCGAAGGGUUGGCGGGUGAUUACACUGUCAGUGACUUGAGAAAUACUAACCUUUGACACUGUUUACUUCGUGUUGGGAGAGAUGACGCAGAUAGCGUGUUGUGAGGGAGACCAUGGUGUGAGUCUUAUAGCUACUUCAGUGAUAACAUACCUCUAGUUUUUCUUCGUCUUUGAAAUCCUGAGUCCCCUCCCCUGUGAAUCGGGAUGCGUGGCCCCUCCCCCGGGAGAGGCUGAGAAGAAGAGAGAUCGACCAACCACCAGCAUAGUCGGGCAGAUCUAGACAGCAGGGUUUUAGCAGGCUCCUAUGUUACUCCCAACUUCAUUCUCUUUUCUCUUGUGCAGCCAGUUUGCCCAUUCUCUUCUUGUCACUUGCUCCAGGGAUAGGUAAAAAAAAAAAAAAUACAUAUAUAUAUAUAUAAAAGUAUAUAUAUGUGUAUAUAUAUAUACAUAUAUAUGUUCCAUCAUUAGAAGAUGGACACUAUUAUACCACUUGGUAUGUGCAGUCAAAUAUCCAAAAGGGGGAAGAACUGCUUAAAGAAAUACCUGUAAGCAUUAAAUUCUCUCCUUUAUUUGUACAUUUUAUAUAGAUAAAUUUUUGAAGUAACAAAUUAGGCAUUAAAUUUUUUCAAAUGCACAGGUUUGUUGGGUUUUUUUUAAUAUAUAUACAUAUGUACACUUUAAUUGACUUUCUCAAUUAAACGUGUUAGGUAGGUCAAGGCAGAAUUCCACCUCUUGGCCGCUGUCUGAGCAUUCUGAGCAUGUGCAAGGCUGAGUAGGACCCAGUCUCUGUAUAUACCGGUCCGGUGCCCAGUCCUCUCUGUAGAACGCACCCUUGUGCUGCCCUCUGCCGAGUCUUCAGCGCUUUCAUUGCUUCCUGGUUGGGGCGGGGACGGGGUGGGCGGGGAGGGAGGUGUCUUGGGAGGAGGGUGGGUCAGGGCAGAAGGAGAAGCUGUUGAACGAGGGCCGUGAAUUCAGUUUCUGUUGGUUUGCGGUUGUGUUUGGUUUUGUUUCUUUUAAAAAAACAAAAACAAAAAAAACCAAUUUUCAAUCGGGCAGCUCCCUUUUUCCACAAGCCUUUUUGUGACUUUAGAACUAUUGUAGAGAAAAUGUUCUUUUCUAUAUUAUAAAAGAAAUUAUCCAACACAGUAAUAUUGGUACCUGUCAUUUUUUCACUUCUGUUUAAAAAAAAAAAUGUAUUUUUAGCAAGAUAACUUGGGUAAUCUUCUAAAAAAAGAAAUUUAAAAAACUCACUGUUAGUGACUUUGAUGCCUUUUAAAAUAAGAGCUUUUUCAUUUCAUUCCAUCUUUAAAAUUUUUUAUCUUUGUUGUAGAAUAUUAAAAACUAUUUUAAGAAAGAUAAAAAUUCUCUUUAAAGAGAUCUCUAGAGUGUGUGAAUAGAGCUCCAGAUGCCUCUAAAAGCCGCAUGUACAAAUGAAGCUAAGUCUAUUCCUGUCUGUUUAUAUUUGCUUUUCCUGUUUUGUAACCUCUUUGUACUUUGUUCAUGGUGACUUGUAAGCUACGGGGAAGGGGUGCCUAGAUGCCUUCGUACUUCUCCAUGUCACGCGCUCCUGGGCCAGCCGGCCUCCUUCCUCUCCUGUAUGUAAUAUCACUUUUUUUUCCCCCUUUCUAGCAAGUACUUUCAAAAGAACUCUGUACAUUUUAACAUUAAAAAAAAAA